GCUCGCUAAAGACUGAGUAAGUGUCAUGUAGCGUAGCAUUGAUUCUUUAAUUUUGCAUGAGUAGAUGCUCGUUAAUGUUAUGUGUCAUGCAGGAUGGAUGGCCGGCAUGUGACUUCAAUGAGUAUAUUUAUGGUCCUAGAUCUCAUUGGCCGACAGAAGAGGAAGUGCGAGAAUUUGAGAGUGGGAAGAAGCCAUGGACAUGUACAACUACUCCUAGUCUUCGAUGCAAGUGUGGUAUUCUGGCCACAAAAGGCGUAGUUCCUUCUGAGCUUAGCUACGGAUAUUACUGUGGGAAUAGCUACGGAGAGUAUUGGGAGGGAAGGACAUGUGAUUGUGAGUGGUUCGAAGGCCGGUAUGAGCUAAUGUUGCAAUUGGGCAGAACAAAAGAGCCUCGGAAAUCUCGAGACACUUUAAAUAGAAAACUGAAGAUAAGGAAGGAUUACCAAGUUACUUUGCCCCUUGAGUCAUUUCUGUCACCCCUUGAGUCAUUUCUAUCCGGGCCUGUACUCCAAGACCUACGGCGUGAGUAUGAAAAGAAGGCAGUAGAAAAGGAGACUCUUGAGGAUUGCAUUGUUUAUUGGAGGAGGAACCGGAGCAAGUACCCACGGCCCCUCACAGAUAGGGAGCUUUUGGCAAAUUAUGAGAAGAAGGAGAAGGAGGAGGAGAUGGAGAGGCAGAGGUUAAGGGAGGAAAAAGCAAAGAAAGGUUUUACUGUUGAUCCGGAAGCUAAACACCCAAAGUGUUCAUGGGAAGAAUAUUUUCAGAAAUUGGAGGCUAAAAAGAGGAUGGAAAAAAUGGAAAAGAUGGAGAAUUUAGCUCAGGAGGCUCAGAUGGAGGCAAUGCAGGCCCUAGUUGCCGAUCUGCCACACAAGGUGCCCAACGUUGAGAAGGAUGUGUCAUCCGCGAGCACGGAGGUUUUGGGUGUUAGAGCUACUCAAAUGGAGGCAAUGAAGGCACUUGUAGGAGACUUACCUGCCCAGGAUCACCCGUCUGACAGGAAAGGAAAAGUAGUGGACACACCUGUAGUCGAUAACCAAGGGAAUAGUGCAGUGCAAGACAAAGGGAAGAGUGCUUCUGAGCAUGACCACGUUAUUGAUGAUGGAGAUGAUGACGAGUGGUGGUCAAUGAAUGCAUAUGAAGUAGAAGUCAUAGUGUCCCAAAUUGAGGUAAGAAAGGGGAAAGCUGUAGUCCAAGAUAAUGGAGAUGAUGAUGAUGAUGGUUGGGGAGAGCUUUUGAUUGAAGGCGACUCUGAUUAGCUUGUUUUAUUUAUAAUUGUAUGGACUCUAUAUAUGAUUGGACUAUGUGUGUGACAGACUUUUUUUAUUACGGGACUAUUUAUGUGCUUUACCUAUUCAUGUAGUUGUCGUAUGUGUAUGAGACUUUAUUUGUAGUUUCGAACAUUGUAUGGUUAUGAAAUUAGGAAUUUAUUUAGUUUGUAUCGUGUGCAAUUUAAUGA